CCCCCCACUUCCCAAUCAAACUUCUCAUUCCAUUUGUUUUUCAUCAAACACUUUCCUUUUUUUUCCUCUCUUUUUGGUAUUCCUCUGUUUUCUGCCCCUUUUUCUCCAAGAACAGAGCUAACAGAAGAGAAACUAAAAAUUAAGCAAAGAUGGGAACUUUGAUAGGACACGUAGCACCCGGGUUUGGAUUCUUUGUAAUCGGUUUAUGGCAUUUGAUCAACCAUAUUCGUCUUCAUUCACUCCACCCCAAAUCAUACACUUCUCUGCCAUGGUUUCCCACUUCAAAGUUCAAGUAUUUGGAGCUUUUCUUAAUCAUGGCGGGUUGUACAGCUUCUGUUUCUAUGGAACUUUUCAUUGGACCCGAGAAACACCAGCCCUUUGACCCGGAUGGCACAAUCCCAUCAAACCAUCUUCACAAUUUUGAGCACUCGAAUAUUUCCCUGACUUUCUUCGUGUAUGCUCUGUUUUCCAUCAUCCUGGACAAAGUUCAGCCUCCUGCAAAAUAUGGGCUGACUCUGUUCUUGGGGGCAAUUGCUUUUGGGCAGCAAUUUCUUCUCUUUCAUCUCCACUCUGCUGAUCACAUGGGUAUUGAAGGCCAAUACCAUUGGCUUCUCCAAAUUGUGAUCUUUGUCUCACUUUUCACUGCCCUUUUGGGAAUUGGUUACCCAAAGAGUUUCUUAAACAGUUUUGUAAGGUCUGUCAGCAUUAUGUUUCAAGGAAUUUGGCUUAUGGUCAUGGGAUUUAUGCUCUGGACACCAGAAUUGAUUCCCAAAGGUUGUUUCUUGAACUUGGAAGAAGGCCAUCAAGUUGUGAGGUGUCAUAACAACGAAGCCCUUGAAAGAGCUAAAUCAUUGGUGAAUAUUGAAUUCAGCUGGUACUUAAUUGGGGUCGCCAUUUUCUCCAUGUCCCUUUAUUUAGCAAUCUUCAAAUUGUUCCCGGCUGAAGAAAAGGUUGAUUAUCAGUCCUUGUCGAAAUUCGAGAUUCAAGAUGAUGAUGAAGAAGAUGAUGAUGUCGAAGCUCAAAAGAGUAUUAACAACAACAAAGUUGUGGUUGAUCAGCCCAGAAGCUUUCUUCCUGUCGGAAAGUCAUUUGCAGCACCUGCAGACAUGGAAAGGUAGACUAGUUGUCAUGGUAGCAGAGAAAAAACUGUGAAAAGGAAACAGAAAAAGGGGAACAGUGUGAAGUAGAAUUGGUUAGGUGUGUAAAAAGUUAAAAGAAAAAAAAAGAAAAAGAAAAAGAAAGAGGUCUUUUCUUUUUUUAUUGAUUUAUUUGGUAUUUGUUCAAUUGAGCAAACAACAAAGUUGGCUUGGCUUAUAGUGGAAAAACCAGUAACAGAGUACCAAAAAAGUGCAGAAAAAAGGUGGGAAACACAGAAAAAAGUAUAGCGAGGUUGUUAUUGUUUGGUUUGUAAUUCGUGGUUCUUGCUACACCUGGAUUUGUAUUUGGACCAUGGUGUUGAUUUCUUCCUGCAUGUAUCAUCAUCAUUACUUCAAGGGAGCUUUUUGCUUCAAUAUAUUUCUUCUCUCCUAAAAUAUUUGUCUUACUUGUUGUCUUAGUAAUUUAUUUUAUUAAAAUUCAGACAUUUGUAAAGGUGGUAUUCUUUUUUUUUUUCUUUCAUUUCAUUUGAGUAUGAACAAAUUCCGAGUUUAUUCAAUAAGAGUCUGUACACAUCUUUUGCUCUUAUGUAUUGCUAUAUUGUAUUAAACGGUGGUUGGUGCUCUGUUUUGGAACCAAUUGGAAUCUUGAAAAUGGCUAUUCUUUCUACUUUCUAGACUUCACCCUCUCUUUUUAACCCCCCAACCAGUGUUGUUUAUUCUCACUUUGUACAAAAAAAACAGAGAAUUUGCAGAUGUGCUUGGUUCCAUUUAGCUUUCGUCUUCUUAAUAUUUCAUUAAUUUUUACGUUUCAUCUAAGUCAUGGUAUGAUAUUUGAUAACAGUUGUCUCAGUCUGAGUUUGAUUCCAUUUGAUCUUUCAAUCACGCAGUUGUGGUUCUAUCUUAACACAUAUACAAACUACACAAAAUAUUAAACUUCUAUUUGGAUAUAUAAUUUACGCAGAUCGUAUAUUGUUACUGUACUUAACAG